UUCCGGUUUGAGGAUCGACAUGGCUGAAAAGCAGGUUAUUAAGCUUGCCAUCAGUACCUCCUGGAAUGGAAAAAAGCUAGAUCAUGAUCCUGUUGGAUUCUACAUUAGUGCUAGUGCUGAUGGGGCAUCAAUUAAAUUGGAAGUUAAAGCGCCUUUCUUCAAUGACCCAGGAUGCCCCCCUUCUCCUGCUGGUCCCUGUGAUGAGCUAUGGGAAUAUGAAGUGGCUGAAGUAUUUUUUCUUGGAGAGGAUGAUAGAUAUCUUGAAGUAGAACUGAACCCUCAUGGUCAUCACCUGGUAUUAUUGCUAGAUGGACAAAGAAAUAUGUUUAAAGACAAACUUGAUAUGGACUUUUCAGCCAAAAUAGAUAAGGAGAACAAGACUUGGACAGGGUCUGCAUUGAUCCCAUUGGAGUACUUUCCACCUUGUGUAGUCAAAGCUAAUGCCUUUGCUAUCCAUGGCUCUGAUGAAGAAAGACAAUAUGAAGCACUCUACCCAGCUGAUGAUAAAUUCUCAACACCCGACUUUCACAGGUUACAAUUCUUCAAAGAACUUGACUUCAAGUCAAUGUUUCCAUCAGACUGGACACAGCCAGUGUCUUCUUUGUGGUCAGAAAGAAUAACAACAAACUAAAAAACAAAUGUAAUGACAAUAAAUUUUAAAGUAAUAUUCGGAGAGUU